CGCAACUCUGCAUCGCUUUUUCAUUUCAAUGGAUUUGGGAAAGGUGCGCUGCCCUUUCCUUCACUUCCUGAUUUUGGUUUUCUUGGGUUGAAGUGGAGGUUUUGGCUGCUACGGGAAAGUUUUAUAGGACACCCUCCCCCGAAGGGUUCAGAGUGAACAGUGGUGAUUAUGUGAGAGUCUUCAUUUCUGAAAUUGUGGAUCUGUGACGUCUUCCGAAGUAGAGAUAUCAGAAGAGAAAUUACGCCAAAUGGUGCAGAAAACCUCUCGGACGUUGAGAAUAUGUCUUGGUUUCCAGGCAGCGGCUGUGGCAGAGGAGCACCUCGGGAGACAGGAGCAGUGGCCAUGCUGGAAGGGCAGGGACCCCCAGUGUCCUUUGAGGAUGUGGCUGUUUUCUUCACAGAAGAGGAAUGGGCUUUGUUGGAUCCAGACCAAAGAACUCUCUACUUGGAGGUGAUGGAGGAAAAUUAUGAGACGGUGACUUCUCUGGCAGGGUUGAUGAAAACAGAGAGUGAGGGAGAAACAGGUGGGGGAUCUUCAGGAAGUGAUGUGGGUCCGGAGGUUGAAGAGAAAACUAAGAAUCAAAACAGAUCGAAGAAGCAACAAAAAAAGAAACCCAGUUUUAAGAGACAUCAGAGAAUUCAGACAGGAGAGAAACUAUAUAAGUGUACCAAACAUGGAAAGAGUGUCAAUCAAAGGAAGCCCCUUACUUCACAACAAAAGCAUCACACAGGGGACAAACGAUACAAAUGUCCAGAAUGUGGUUUGUGCUUCAGUCAGAAUAGAGAUUUUGUUUCUCACCAAAGAGUACACACGGGGGAGAAACCAUACGAAUGCUUUGAGUGUGGAAAGAGCUUCCGAAGGAAUGACCACUUGACGUCCCACCAAAAAGUACACACUGGGCAGAAGACAUAUGAGUGCUUUGAGUGUGGGAAGUGCUUCUUCCGGAGCACGAGCCUUACUUCACAUCAAAGGAUGCAUACAGGUGAUAAACCGUAUCAGUGCCCAGAGUGUGGAAAGCGCUUCAGUCAGAAUGCUCACCUUUUUUCUCAUGAAAGAAUCCACAAAGGGGAGAAACCAUAUAAAUGCUUGGAGUGUGGCAAAAGCUUUAUUUGGAGAGCACACCUUUUCUCACAUCAAAGCAUCCAUACAGGAGAGAGACCUUAUAAAUGCCUUGAAUGUGGAAAGAACUUUCGUCGGAGUGACCACCUAACAUCACAUCAGAAAGUCCACAGAGAGUAGAGGCUGUAUCAAGAAAGGUUUCCUCCAGAUACUGAGCACUCACAUCUUUUGUUGGGUCAAAAGUUUUUUGUUUAUUUUGGAGAAGAAGAAAUGCUUGGACUGCUAAGAUGUCUAUUUUUUAAAAUUUACCUUUAUUUUAAACACAGUUUAUCUACAGCCUUUGCUCCCUCCCAUGGGUUCUUAAAGCAUCUAAUAAUUAAACCAUACACAAUAAAAUCACAUUUAAAAAUGAUUAAUAACAACCAAAAGGAACACCACAUUAUUAAAACAAUUUAAAUCAAAGCUAAAAUGCAUACAAAGACAUAGGAACAACAGUGAAAACAUUGGGCAGGGAAGGAGGAUCACUGAGGUACACCAAGCCAGAUAUGUCUUUGCCUGCUAGCAGAAGGAGAUAGGUAAGUCUCUUGGGGGGUAGAACUUCAGAAUUUUGGUGUCACAAGAGAGCAGGCCCACUCCCUAGUCUGGGACAAAGUGUUGCUCAGUAGCAAAUUUGUCCCACUGUGACAGCAAAGCAAGAUUUGAAUCAUGCUAGAAUUAGUGUUGCUUACUGCCAAGAGAAUGGAAAAUGAAAGUGGAACUCCAGGAAAUAACGUCCAUUCAAGAAAUCUUGCUGUGAUGGACAUUCACCCCUAUUGCGCAGCAGACACCUUGUGCAUAAUCAGUCAACAUAUUUAGUACAAGGGCAGAGUAGGAGUUUAAACUCCUGUAUAAUCCUGGUUAAGAAUCCCACGUUGGACGGAACACACUCUCAUUUAAUCAAGUGUCUUUUGUUCCCCUGUCAAAAUAAUUAGUUAAAUAAAAAGCUUUUUGGUUA